CUGGCUGGGCAGGCUCCAGUAAUGGCCUGAUCUGUGGACGUGAUGAAGACAUGGACGGAUUCUCUGAUGUCCCCAUCUCAUGUGGGAAUGAGACCUGUGGCAUUGACAACUGCCCUGGAACCUACAACCCUGACCAGCUGGACAUGGACGGCGAUGGGAAAGGAGAUGUUUGCGGCGAGGACAUUGACGGGGAUGGAGUCUUGAACCACCAGGACAACUGCCCACUGGUCCCCAACCCUGACCAGAUCGACUCGGACGGUGAUGGAGUUGGCAGCAUGUGUGACAACUGUGUUUCCACACCCAACCCUGACCAGGCCAACAGUGAUGACACCGAGGCUGGGGAUGCGUGUGAGAGAGCAUUGGAAGAGGUCAUCGAUAAGCUCUGUGAGAGCCUGCCAGACGGGACCUUCCGCCCACACCCGUUCGACUGUUCCAUGUUCGUGGAGUGCCACCAGGCGGGACACGACGCCGUGUUCAACUGUCCCACGGGAACUCGAUGGAGCCAGGAACUGCUGACCUGUGCUAGUUCGGAUCAGGUCCCUUGUGACUAAAGAAGACGAACCCAACAGCACGGACGAACCCAAACGGACACACGAGAAAGCACCUAUAUAUAUCUGCAUCUUCGCUCAUCUUCCAGUACUUAAGUACAAAGACGCAACGCUACAAAGGCAACCACAAGAAACUGCAACCGCUCGCUCGCUUGCCUUUCAUUCAAAUGCUAAUAAAGGGCUUAACUUCAAAAUUUAAAA